AUGUCGUCCUCGGAGAAGGAGAAGGUGCUCUCACCGACUCCGCAAUCUAUGUUGGUUCCGUCGCUUCCUGAUGAUUUUCUGAGCUGCUUCGCACGUGUGUCAAGGUUAUACUAUCCGACUCUCUCCCUCGUCUCCAAGCACUUUCGAUCUCUCCUUGCUUCACCUGAGCUUUACAAGGCCAGGUCACUUCUAGGACACGAAGAGAGUUGUCUCUACUUGUGCUUAGGAUCCCAAUAUGAUUCUCACUGGUUCACGCUCUGUCGGAAACCUGAUCAAACCCUAAUUAACAAUGGCACUAGCUUGAAGAAGAAGUCAAGUGGGUAUGUUUUGGCUAGAGUCCCGAUUCUUCAUUCUCCACCUGCGUACUUUCCGAGUCUUGUGGCAGUUGGUUCUGAUAUCUACAACAUCGGAUCAAGAUCCAUCAUCAACAACUCUAGCGUUUCAGUUAUGGACUGUCGGUCUCACACGUGGCACGAGGCUCCAAGCAUGCCUGUGGAGCUGAUUUCACUUUCUGCUAGCGUCGUUGAUGGAAAGAUAUAUGUAUCAGGAAGAGGUAGUGAUGAUAAGAACUCACUGGAGGUGUUGGACACAAAAACAAAAACUUGGGAUCAUGUGCCCAUCUCUUGCAACGAGACAAGAUGCAGUUUUUAUUACUCAAGAAGCGCAUGUAUUGACGGAAAGUUUCACGUGGCGGCAGACGGAAGGUUUUACGUGGUGGCGGCUGGCGAAAAGUUGGUUUCUUACAAUUCCAGGGAAGGUAGAUUGGACCAGGUUGAACUAAGGAUGUGUGAUAAGUUGUUUUCAGAUACUUAUUGCGAGAUAGAGAAUGUUUUGUAUUCUGCCGGUGAGGGAGCGAUUAGAUGGUUUGAUACCAAGGUACAAAAAUGGAGAUAUUUGAUGGUUUUUGAAGGACUACCUAAGUUUCCUCCUGCUGUUUCUGUUAGAUUGGCUGAUUAUGGUGGUAAGAUGGCGGUUUUUUGGGAAGAGUAUUUGCUCUCUAGUGAGCAGAAGAUGAUUUGGUGUGCGGUAGUUAUGCUUAAAAGGCACAAAUUUUGGGAAAUUUGGGGCGAAAGCUGUGAAAUUUGGGGAAUAGUUGAGUGGUUUGAUCAUGUUCUUACAGUUCCUAUAGGAUAUCAGUUUGUCAAGGCUCUUGCUGCUACUGUUUGA